GGGCGCGCGCGACAGGGAGAGGGGAGGAUACUGGGACAAGUCAACAGUCAAUAUAUAUAAAUCAGAAAAAGAGGAGGUAAACCUUGUUGGCUGGCAUACAACAUCCAACGCUUUAAUGCUCGUUUAAGAGGGAUUUUAUUCACCUAUAACUUUUCAUUACAUUUCAAACGCCAUAAAAAAUUAAUCCAGGGAACAGAAAAGGGGUCGUGGAUCUACAGUCGCUCGGAUCGUGUCAAUAGGAAACAGCUUUUUGUCCCACUGUUGCUCAUCCACUUGUUUUACAACUACCCUUAAGAAGACGAGACGAGGUAGGUUACCAUGGAAACUGUUCUGGUCUUCCUUUUUUCCCUCCUAGUCUAUGUGGAGGCUUUGUCUGACACCGCUGCCCAAGAUGGAAAGAAUAAGGUGUUGAACCCAUUUGCAUAUGACUAUGAGAGUUUGAGGAUUGGAGGUUUGGUGUUGGCAGUGGUGCUCUUCGCUCUGGGAGUGCUUCUUAUCCUCAGUCGCAGGUGCCGCUGCAGUAUCAACCAGAAGUCCAGGGCCCCAGGAGAUGAGGAAGCUCCAGCCGAGAACCUCUUGGCCUCCAAGGCUAAGGAGACUCCUAAGGCAGAGAACUAAGACAGUCCAGUGUUGUCGAACAAGCCCUGGCUGAAUGACUUCACUGAUGCUGGGGAUGGUGAUGAUGAUGAAGCUGAUCCAGGCCAUGGCUAUGGAGGAGAAAGAGAUUUGGGUGGAGGAGGAGACUAUGACUUGGGUUAUUAAUGAGUUAGUGUCUUGUACGUAGACCUCUAGUCCUGUCACGUGACCAGUAACCGUAAUUGUCUUUCCGUCCGUGCCCUUUUGCGACAGUCCGUCUUGAGUGUGUUGUUUAGCAAAACUAGCCACAUCUUGCAGAUCAUUCUUAACCUUUUGGCUCCUCCCUAACUGAACUUGUGCAAUUGGUUUAAUCAUUUUGUUUUUCACAUCCUUAAAGGGAUAGUUCACCUGAAAAUUAAAGUUCUGUCAUCAUUUACUCACCCUCAUUGUCAUUCCAAAUGUUUAAGACUGUCUUUCUUCCAUAGAACACGA